AUGGAAACGUUUACAAGGGAGAUUACAGCUAAAGACGCUAAAACCACUGAGAAAAACCGAAUUCGAUACUCUUCCAAACACAUCAAACAUUUACCACCAGGAACCGUUACUGAUUUUGAAUGGAAAGAUUAUUGUCCCUUGGGAUUCAGACGUAUACAACAACUUGAAGAUAUUAAUCAUGAUGAAUACAUGAAAUCCAUAUGUAAUGAUGAGACGUUAAGGAAGUUUUCUCAAGGGAAAGUUGGUAAUAUGUUUCUUCUCUCUAAAGAUGAUCGCUUUCUCAUUAAGAUUCUUCGCAAAUCCGAAAUCAAGGUAAUACUAGAGAUGUUGCCUGGCUAUUUCCGUCAUAUUCAUAAAUAUAGGUCGACGUUAUUGUCCAAGAACUAUGGAGCUCAUUCUAUUAAGCCUAUUGGAGGUGUUAAGACAUAUUUUGUUGUCAUGUCGAACAUAUUGCAGUCGGAUGUUUUUAUGAACAAGGUAUAUGAUCUCAAGGGUUCGUCACAAGGUCGGACUAACAAGAAGAUCAAAGUUAGAGAUAAAACCAUAUUAAAGGAUAUAGAUCUUGAUUUUUGUUUCUAUGUGGAUUCCUUGGCCAGACAUCGCCUCAUCAAGCAGACAAAGCUAGAUUGUGAGCUUUUGGAAGAUGAAGGCAUAAUGGAUUACAGCUUAAUGCUUGGUUUACAAGUGAAAGGCUCAUGCCACGGUUCAAUUGAUGGAUUAAGCCCUGUAUACGACAGCUUCACAUCACGAGCGUCUGUUGACAGCACUAGCUCCAAGUUUAUGAAGACAGCUUCAAACUCUCCAGAUAUAUCAGAUAGAUCUUCUACAAUGUAUUCAUGCACUCCAAGCAGAGAUUCGGUUGAUAGUGAGAACUCAGUGAAUAUACAGUCAGCAGCUAGUAUAAGCCCCAGCCCAAUACAACCAACCAACGGUUCUAAUUCUCCACAAGGAAGCAUUGCAUCCGCUACAACUAUCAGCGACAUCUUCCAUAACAGCUCAAGCACUAACUUUGGGAUGAAGAUACCGGGACGAGCAAGAAGAGUAGGGAGAGGAGAAUCAGGGAGUGUUGUGGGGAAGAACAUUAGAGGAGGAGAGGAAUGGUACGAUGUGAUAUUGUAUCUUGGGAUUAUAGACAUAUUCCAAGACUAUGGUGUGAGGAAACGCAUUGAACAUUGUUACAAGUCUAUUCAACACAACUCUAAGACAAUCUCAGCCGUCCAUCCUAAGAUCUACUCUUCUCGUUUCCAAGAUUUCGUCUCUCAGAUCUUCUUACCAGACGAAGAUCCUUCUCAUUAA